UCCAGCUGCUAGCACAUUACAUUGUAAAUCAUUUAAUUUUGGUGGGAGUGUAACUUCUAAACGAUAGUCUCCAAAUUAAUUAUUUAAGUGUGCAUAUAUAGCUUUGGAGAUUUCUGAUCAUCAGUCAUAUUUUGGUGGGAAAUUAAGGGUCAAAAUGCAAGAUCAAGAGCAGGAUCAUGAAGAGAGUAGCGUGAGAGAUGGAAUUAGAAUUAGAAGCAAUACUAAGGGAAAGGCGUGUGAAGAGUUUAGACAAUAUAUGUAUUGCAUAUUCUCUAAUUUUUGCUUUGCAGGAUACAACAUAGUCUCCAAGAUCUCUCUCGACAAAGGCAUGAGUCGUUAUGUGCUUGUUGCCUAUGGACAUGCUUUUGGAACUCUUGCUACUGCUCUUUUGGCGUAUCUCUUCGAAAGGAACAAUAAGAGCAAACUAAGCGUAGCAAUCUUAAGAAAUGUCUUCUUCUUGGGUCUCCUGGGAGCUGUUCUUGGGAGGACGCUGUUUUACGCAGGACUGGAAUACACUUCACCAGCUUUUGCAUCUGCGUUGGGGAACUUAAUUCCAUCCAUCACCUUCAUCUUGGCCGUUUUGUGCAGGAUGGAGAAAUUAGACAUUUACAAGCGUAGUUCUCAGGUCAAGAUGUUGGGAACCAUCAUUGCCUUUGGAGGAGCAACACUGAUGACCUUAUACAAGGGUCACCCUGUGAUUUCUUUUCAUUCUCAGCACUCGCAUCAACAUACCACCGGAUCGAAAUCAGUACUUUUAGACAAGGAUUUAAUUAAGGGCUCCUUGAUGCUUAUGGUUUCAUACAUUUCAUUGUCAGCAUUCUACAUCUUACAGACAAUUACAAUCAAAAUGUAUCCGGCACCACUAACUCUCACAUCAUUAACUUGCUUAUCGGGUACCAUUCUUUCCACAAUCAUGACGGCAAUUCUAGAUCAUAAAGCUUCCUCAUGGAAGUUGUCAUGGAACAUCACCCUUCUUGCUCCCAUCUACAGUGGGAUUGUGAUAUUUGGAAUUACAGUAUAUGUUCAAACGUUGGUAAUAAGAAAAAAGGGUCCAGUCUUCAUGACAGCGUUUAGACCAUUGGCCACAAUAAUUGUAGCCAUUAUGGGACUACUCAUUUUAGGAAAUGCUUUAUAUAUGGGAAGUAUUAUUGGAGCUACAUUGAUAGUUCUUGGUCUGUACGCCACUCUAUGGGGAAAAGAAAAGGAGAAAGCUGAUCAAAAGUGGUUCCAGCAAACCAUAACUGAAGAAGUUAUUGAAAUUAAGGAAGUAAAACAAUAGAAUUAGGUAUUUAAAUGGUGGUUUCGGCCUAUUAGAAACUUGAUUUUAUUUAUUCAAUAAGAUCGUCUUGUAACUUUUCUCUCUUGAAUCUCUAACCUGCACUGCAUGUGAACGAAUCGAGUUAUUUGAAUGAUGCAGAGUCAA